UCUCUCUCUCUCUCUCGCUGGAGGACAGGCGGCAGCGUUGGAUCGGCUCGUUGUUGCGGUCGGACUUUUCCUUUCCCUCGGUGUGCUCUCUUCUUGCGGGCUCCUGGACGCGGACGAAUUUGGGAGCUGAUCAUGGGGUCUUCAUCAACAUCUUCUUCAGCAUCUUCGGCAGCAUCAGCACCACACUUUACUUUCUUCUCGGAGGCGCCGGAUCACGAGGAGAGCGCACUAAAAUAAAACUCCGGCUUUGUCGUCGAUAUCCAUUCCGGGAAACUUCUUUUUCUCUUAAUCAUUUAUCAUAAAGCGUGUGGAAUGGAAAUCCAAACUUUCCUGCUGUCGACUCUCGCCCUGCUCUUCGUGGGAGAUAUUUUCACCAGGGCCAUGCUGAGUGACAUUGGAGACUAUGUAGGUACAGACAUUCAAAUAUCCUGGUUACCUAAUCUGGAUGAAUUAAUGAAGGGCUAUGCCAGAAAUUUUCGCCCUGGGAUAGGAGGUCCACCAGUGAAUGUGGCCAUGGCUAUUGAAGUGGCCAGCAUUGACCACAUCUCUGAAGCUAACAUGGAAUACACCAUGACCGUAUUCCUGCGGCAGAGCUGGCACGAUGACCGCCUGUCCUACAAUCACACCAAUAAGACACUGGGGUUGGACAGUCGAUUCGUGGACAAGCUAUGGCUUCCCGACACCUUCAUCGUCAAUGCCAAAUCUGCUUGGUUCCACGAUGUCACCGUGGAGAACAAGUUGAUCCGCCUGCAGCCCAAUGGAGUCAUUCUGUACAGCAGCCGAAUAACUUCGACAGUGGCGUGUGAUAUGGACCUGACCAAGUAUCCCAUGGAUGAACAGGAGUGUAUGCUGGACCUGGAAAGCUACGGUUACUCCUCAGAGGACAUUGUGUAUCACUGGUCAGACAGUCAGAAACACAUCCAUGGCCUUGACAAACUGGAGCUCUCCCAGUUCACAAUCACAGACUAUCGGUUUGUAACUGAGAUGAUGAACUUCAAAUCUGCGGGACGAUUUCCAAGGCUCAGUCUUCGCUUCGAGCUGAGACGAAAUCGAGGUGUCUAUAUCAUCCAGUCAUACAUGCCAUCGAUAUUACUGGUUGCCAUGUCCUGGGUGUCCUUUUGGAUCAGCCAAUCAGCAGUCCCUGCUCGUGUAUCCUUAGGGAUCACAACUGUUCUCACCAUGACCACACUAAUGGUAAGCGCCCGCUCCUCCCUGCCUCGAGCAUCAGCCAUCAAGGCGUUAGACGUCUACUUCUGGAUCUGUUACGUGUUUGUGUUUGCGGCACUCAUUGAGUACGCCUUCGCUCACUACAACGCUGACUACCGACUCAAAGAGAAGGCCAAAGUGAAGGCCAACAAGCUCAGCUCUGAGUCCAUUGUAAAGAAUGGCAAACAGGCAAUGGUUCUGUUUUCACUGUCGGUCACCGGCAUGAACCAGGGAGUGAUGAUUUCCAACCGGCAGGGGCGGACCCAGCGCUCCAGCAGCGAAAUCCCCGGAGAGGGUGGAAGCCAGGAGGCCGAGCCAAGGAGGAGAAGGUCCAAGCAAGCGGAGGAGAGCAAGGAGGAAAAGAAAUGCUGUUCCAAGUGCGUCUGCAAGCCCAUUGAUGCAGACACCAUCGACAUCUAUGCCAGGGCUGUGUUCCCAUUCACUUUCGCUGUGGUGAAUGUGAUUUACUGGGUGGCGUACACCAUGUGAGGAGGAGGCAACAGUUCUAUUUGAAUGGCUACCAUCCAGCGCUGUACAUAAGAAACUGCUGGAGCUGUGCCACUUCAAUGCUGGCAGACUGGUGCAGCUGACAUAUACAGAGGCCUCAGUAAAAAAAACUUGAAAAAAUGAAGUUAUGGCCUAUGAAUAUGGAAAUAUGGUUAAUUAAUGGAAGUAGUUAUGAGUUUAAAAAGUGUUAACAGGACUUAAUAUAUUUAAAUACAAAUACAGAAAUGGAUUUUAUAACGGUGAAGGACUGUGUUGCCUGUUGGAGGUUCACAUACACAGUGAACGCAGUUUAACCAACAAUCUAGAUUUCCUGUUAACACUGUUUCCUGUUAUGAACUCAACUAAGGACACUACAACAAAUGAUCCUGCUUGAAUACCUGCAGUACUGACGCAAAUUACCAUAGUUAGCUUAACUAACUCAAAGCCACAAUCUGGAGUGAACCGCCUGUUAUCUCAAAAAGCAAAAGCGCUUCCCAAACUAGAGGAUAACAAGAUGAGGUGUACUACUAUUCUGCAUGGCUGAUAACUCUCUCGCCCUCUUCCCCUGCCAUCCCCACCCCCUCUCUUCCUCUCUCUCCUUUGGUCCUCCACCCAGUUUUUUUCAAUUCAUUUUUUUGUUCAGGACACAGCCUGGAUUGUCUUAUCACCUUCUGCCAGUUUCCUCACAAUUAAAGGACUUCCUGCACUA